CACCGACUCUUUCACUACACCACAAACCGGUCCUCUCUCUCUCUCUCUCCCUUCACCGCCGUUCCCAAUUGACGCUCACGGCCGCCUCAGGCGGAGUCACAACGCUUGGCCUCACAAGCUCUCACCCUGACACCGCCGUUACUAUCAACUGUAAGAUUUCCAAAGACAAAAUGGCAGAUCCCAAACACGGGGAGACGAGUUUAAGAUGUCAUCACUGCGCUGGACCUCUGACAAAGGAUGUGGAAACCAGCGAGUGGACUGUUCGGCCAUUUAUUAGGGAUAGCUUUUCUAUGAUUGGGUCUGCUGUUGGUGGCACAACAAGUGCUUUUUAUGGAUUCAACCAUGUAAUGCCAAUUGUUCGGAGAUUUGUAAAGGGGCCAAUGUGGUUACAUUUUCUCGUUGGUGCACCACCUGUGAUAGUAUUUUCUUCUGCAUGUGCGGGUUUGGCAGGUGGUGCAGUUCCGGCCGUUGCACAACUUGCUUCGUCAUCGUAUCACGCAGCAUUUUCUUCCUCGCCAUUUCCGUCGCCUACCACUUCUAAAGACGAGAAGAUUCACAAGUCCAGAACGUCCUCGACCCUUUGAUGUACAGAGAAUAUCCGCCUUACUCGAGUAGGCAGGUGCUCAUACAUCCUUGAAUGGUCCUACAAAGUAUAUAUUUUUUGGUUACACACUCAAAUUAGUGAAUAUUUAACCCAAAAAAAUCUUAUUAUAUUGAAAGUUCUGUAAAUAUAUUCUAUUUUUGUGCU